AAUACUGAGACCCCAUAACUUUAAGUUUCUUCAACACCUAGUAACAAACCAAAACACUAACUCUAAGCUUUACCCAAACCCUUGUUUGGUUGCACAUACAAGGAAAUAUCACAAAGGUGAAACACCAAAAGUAUAUGAAAAAGGAGAUUAAAUAUUUCAUUUCCUACUUCUUCAUUUGCAUCCCAACAAUUCAGUAUUAAACAUUUUUCUCUUCUUCUCAGCCAAUGAUGGCUGGCAACCCUAACUGGUGGACUACUCAUCCACCAUCUUUGAUCCCUCCCCAGUAUGUUCUUGGAUCUUCUUCAAUACCUUUCAAUUCUUCCACACAAAACCCUGAUCAUGAGCCUCCUCCCUCGUUGAGCCAACUUCUUUUCACUGGUUUACCGGGAGAGGAGGAAAGAGUGGCAUUCAGUCAUUUUCAAUCGAAAAAGUUGGAUGAAUGGAAUGAGCACAUGCUUAAUCCACCCCCCAUAAAUCCUAUGGUUGAUGUAAUAAAGCAAGAGGUUUCCCAAAGUGGCAGCUUCUAUCACCAAGGACAUGAUCAGGAAUUUCAGGUUUCUGGAGCUCCUUGGUCACACAUGGUGCCUGUUUCUUCUUCUCCUAUGUCUAGUGUUGUUGCUAGCUUCAGUAGUAAUAAUUUAUUGGAUUUCACUUAUAACAAGGAAGAUCAUAGGAAGAACCAACUACCAGAUCACACAUCCGAGUGUAAUACCACAGCAAGCGCUGGAGUUUUCAAGAAGACUAAGUGUCAACCAUCUUCAAGCCAACCACCUCUCAAGGUGAGAAAGGAGAAGCUAGGUGAUAGAAUAACAGCCCUUCACCAGCUAGUUUCCCCAUUCGGAAAGACUGACACGGCUUCUGUCUUGUUAGAAGCCAUUGGAUACAUAAGAUUCCUUCAGGGUCAAAUUGAGGCUCUCAGUUCUCCUUACUUGGGCAAUGGAUCAAAAAACAUGAGGAAUCCACAGUCUCAACAGGUACAUGGAGAAAGAAAUUCUGUAUUUCCUGAGGACCCCGGUCAGCUGUUGAAUGACAAUGGCCUGAAAAGAAAGGGAGCUCCAAACCAGGAUGCAAAAGAUAAGCCAAAGGACUUGAGGAGUAGAGGGUUGUGCUUGGUUCCUGUGUCUUGUACCCAGCAUGUUGGAAACGAAAACGGAGCUGAUUACUGGGCACCGGCAUAUGGCAGUGGAUUUUAACACAUAAACAUGGCAACAGCAUCGAAGAAAUUUCAUUGUGGAUGAUAUAACAUCGUGAGCAGUCAAUCUGUGAUAAUGAAAAAGGCUGAUUGCUCACGAUGCUAUAUAGUAUUCAUGAUUUACCAAAUUGAAAAAUCUUAUCCAUUAUAUUAUUAUGUACUGUCCUUUCUAGCUAAUCUAAUUAGGUUAACUCAAUAAGUUAUUAAUAAGUGCUGUCAAAACAUCGAUUAAUCCAUAAUUUUAGUUUUCCUAAA